UCAGGCCGGGCAUCUGGUCUGUAAUCAAUGCAGGCAGAAGUUGAGCCUCUGCCCCACUUGUCGGGGUUCCCUCACCCCCAGCAUCAGGAACCUGGCCAUGGAGAAGGUGGCUUCGGCUGUGCUCUUCCCCUGCAAGGGAAAUGGGAACAUCGGGCAGCAUUGAACCCAUCGCCAUGCAGAAGGUGCCAGGAAUUUCGGUGUCGAUGCAGACAGAAGCUAGCUGGCUUCAUGAACACGCCUACAGAAAAUCAACCCUGUCAGAAGAGUUCAGCAGCUUAGAUGUUUUGUGUGACAUGGAGUUCAAAGAAGAUUUUGUGACGCUGUUCAAGAAGUCACUGAACACGCUCCCCUCCGUCGGGCUGCCUACCCUUCUGGCCUACAGACCCGAAUCAUCACGAGAAAACAUGCAGACUGAGACAGAGGAGGACUCUGCUCCGAGGUGCGAGUACUGCGGCAGCCUGCUGAAGCCGUUCCCUCCCUUGGAAGGCGCUUGCCCAGCAUCACAGGAUUAUGACUCCAAAUUCUGCUGCGAGCGUAACCGAGACCUCUAUGAGUUCAUCGUAAGUGAGAGGAAGAACCACGAGGGCGCCCGGAGCGUUGCCAUUGCUGUUGGCCCCCACGAGUCCCAUGGCACCGAAGCCGAAAGGCUGCUGUCAAAGGAGAGAGCGUACCAGAGGCAGCAGGAGAGACGACUGGCCAGACAGUUAGCCUUCCUGGCAGCAGAGCCGAGCGUAGCUGAACGUUCGCAUCAAACCGGCACCAUUUCCUACCUGCUUUCUCAAGAGCCCCCAUCGCCGCAAGGCCGGACGCUGGUGCCUGGCGAGAGCGCAGCAAAGCCCGAGGAGGAGCCCAUCUCCUACAGCGUCACCUGCUGCGAUUUUACUCCUGUGGGAGGAAAGGUAGUGAAGAACGAAUUGUUGGAAAAAUACUACAAACAUGGAGGGAAAUUCCUUACCAUGCUUCCAGAUGGAACAGCUCAGUUAUUCUAUCCAUCUGGAAAUCUGGCAGUCAUUGUUGUACGAGAGAAAAAAGAGCUUAUUUGCAUAGUACAGGAAGACACGCCGAAUAAUGCCGGAAUACAAGCAGUAUUUAAGUCCAAUGGCAGAAGUACUUGCUAUUAUCCAAACGGAGCUGUGUGGAUAACCAUGACUAUUCAGGGAGGGCAGUAUUUGGACCAAGCAGGCAACAGGGUGAGAAGGUGGACGUGGCCGAACAGCGUCGUGUCGUCGGGACCACACGUCCCGCUGAGCCCCAUCUUCAUCUCCCUGAACCGGCACGUGGGGGUCAGGAUCCUGGGCCAGGACAAGAUCACCGUUUCCUUCCUCGCCAUGGGGCAACAAGCAAAAUUCAACGUGGGAACCAAAGUGCAGGUCAGUGGCAUCGGCCGGCUGCCUCCCCCUGCCCGGCUGGGCAAAGACGAGCUGCUGCUGCUUGCCUUCAGGGUGAGGAUCCUGCGGCUCUGCGACAGACUGCGCGGAUGCUUAAACUUUCCUUCUAACGAGCAAUGGGAGAAAAUGCAGCCUCCAGCGUACCUUAUCACACAGACUUUAAAGAUCUUACAGCUUUGCACAACUUCUGACAUAAGUGACGAGCUACGCAGCUCAGUCCAGGCGAUAGUAAAUGCUCAACUCUGACCAGCACGUGUGUGGUGUGAUGGCAAACCGAGCCGUGAGCUGCUCCCUGGCACUGCAGUGCCUGCGCCCACUCGGCAAGGCUCUGCCGUGGCGCGGAGCGAAGGGCAGCUUGUGGCUGUUCUGCAGGGCACCCCCCAGGGACCAUCCCACCCCGAUAGGGUCUCGCUCGGCACGAGCAGGGUGGUGGGGCAGGGAGUGCCAGAGCACAUCGCCUCGUCAGCCCACAGUGAAGUGCAUCUUAGCCAUGGAGGCAGGAAGAGGGGCUUUGCUCAGGGCAGAGAAAAUCCGUGCUUGAUGUCGGUGCUUUGCUCCCAAGCAACCUCCCCUCGGUCUCCCAGCAGAAACCAGCCCAGGCUGACCAGUCGUUUCAGCCCGUGGAUGUGGCACAAAGAUAAAAGCAACCAGAGCACAGCUAAGUCAGCCUGUGACAGGUAUACGGGCAGGAAGUGUUUGCUCAGA